AUGUCGCCUGUCUCCGUGGACGGGAGUGACUGGUCCGGCAUCAAUCAGUAUCAGAAGACUUCCGAUCCGCCCUUUUCUCCAACCUUCUCGACCCGCAGCAACCUAGCUACACCCCCGACCUCCGGCGUCCCCAGCGGCUCCAACAGCGCAGGUCUGCCUCCCAAUUCCCCCGGUCCGGUCAGCGAUGCCGGCAACCCGUCGCCCCCCAGCUCCGUGGCGGCGCGAUCCAGCGAUGGGACAUUGGGCGAUCAGCGCGGCAAACGACACAAGCGCAUGGAGGAAGUCCUGGGCCAGCACUACGUGGCGUUCAGACGAUUCCUCCAGGGGCCGUAUCGCGAUGACCGCAAUGGCAAGUCUAGCAAGGCUCGCGAUAAAUUGCUGAGACUCUCGUCCACCCAAUUCCACGAGCUGAGUACCGACGUCUACGAUGAACUCCUUCGCCGACAACAGGCCAUGCCGCCCCCGAAUCGGCCCCCUCGCCCCGACGUGCCCCCCUUCCUGCCUCCGCGAAAGGACUUCCAUGAAAAGCGCAACCAGGCCCGCAAGAAGCUGGCUUCGCUCCAGCACGGACGCUUCAGGGACCUGGCGACGGAUGUCUACACCGAGUUGGAGCGGCGCUUUCCUCAGUUUCCUUCCAGGGAGUCUCGCAGGUUGAGCCCGGCUCCUAGCUAUCGCGGUCGCCCGUCCAACGGCUACCCGCCCAAUGGAUACCCCCCGACUCCUGGUGGUCCGCGUUCGCAGUCCCGCGGUCCUCCGUCUCGGAUGGGCUAUUCGCCUGGUGGCCCGGGGAGUCCGAUGGGUGGGUUUCCCCCGCGUCAAGGCUCCCUGGGUGGGCCGCCUCCGGGCAUGAAUGGCGAUGGCGGUCCGACGGCGAAGUCGUUCCAAAGUAACACGAUUGUUCCGAACAAGAGCACGAUGGUCGAGGAUGACGAUGAUGCGGCGGGCACGGAGGAUGAUUACGAUGCGCGGAGUGAUGCGUUUGCUUUGGACGCGGUUCUGCAAAGUAGACGGGGCACGGGCGCGACUCUGGCAGAUGCCGACAGAAAGGCUUUGGCGGAGACUCAAUCGCACGCGGCGGCUUUGCAGGACAAGGUGAACAAGCUUGAGGAGUUGCUGAAAGCCAAGGACGACGAGCUAUCUAAGUACCAGGAAGGUCAGAACAAGGUGGACACGUUAGAAGAAAUGGUCAAAUCGAAGGAUGAAGAGCUCCAGAAGUACCAGGAAGAGCAGGAUAGGUCACAGGUCAGCAUUGCGGAGCGCGAAGAAUGGGAGGAUUUGAAAUUGGACCUAGAAAGCAAGGUUUCUCAGGCGGAAGAAUUGAACAGCUCUCUGCAGCUUGAGUUAGAUAAGGUACGGGCCGAACACGAGGCCAUUGAGAUGGACCUGCGGGGCGCGCGACAGAGUGUCGGGGACCCGGAGUUGCAGGCUCGGUUUGACGAUCUUGAGAUCAAGCAUCGAAAUCUCCAGAGUGAGCUGCAAGAGCAACAGCAGGUGACGGACGAAGUCAGGCGCGAGGCCGCUGGCUGGCUUAGAGAGAUGCGGACGUUGUCGGAGCAGAGUCAGUCCCGGUGGGAACACGAGGAGCAGCUGACUACUGAGGUGCAGCGGUUAGAGGAGCAAAUCAUGCAGUGGAAGACUCGGUAUGAGAAGACGAAGGCUCAGCUGCGGCACCUCCGUACUUCCUCCGUCGGCAUAGCGGAAGCCCAUCCUGAUGCUGCGAGCGUCGCAAAAGACCGGGAGUUCUUCCACGAGGAUGGCUUGAUCAAGGACGUCCAUGUUACGAAGUUCCAGGUCUCCAUCGACGAACUGCUCCGCAUUGCCCGGAACGACGAUUACCACGUCGUCACGCAGCAGAUCAACGCGGUUGUGAUUGCUGUCCGGCAUGUUAUGCACGACGUCCAGGAAAGCCAGGACUCCAACGACGGGCUGUCGGCGUUGCGCACCAAGGCCAUCGGUAAGAUGUCUGCGACGGCAAACAAUCUGAUCACUGCCGCCAAGAACUUUGUGGGCUCCCAUGGCGUCUCCCCGGUUUCUUUGCUGGACGCAGCUGCUUCUCACCUGUCCACUGCCGUUAUCGACCUGAUCCGCAUGGUGAAAGUUCGGCCCAGUCCGGCAGAGGAUCUCCAUGAGGACGACGAAGAUAUGCAACUGCCGCAGAUGAAGUCUCCCGACUACUUUAGCGUGGCGCCAAGUCAGAGCCGACACAGCCGCAACGAAUCCAUCUACAGCGCUAUGAGCGUCCCGCCUGAUGCCCCCAACGGCAUGCCGGCAAUGCAAAACUACCCUUCGCAAUCUGAGAACCAUGAACUUCAGGAGAUGAAGCUGUAUGUUGAGGAUCAGACCAACGGUCUUGUCCAAUCCAUCCAGGCCCUCAUUGACAGCAUUCGGGCCGAGCACGGGAUCAACACGAUUGGCACCCAUGUGUCUGCUAUUUGUUCAGUGGUGACGAACGUUACUGCCUCGACACAGCACUUCGUCCAGCGCCCCGAGGCCAGCCCACUCCUUCGGCAACGCGUUGACCCGAUUAUCGAAAUGCUGGAGUACCACAAGCACCGUCUUAUGGGCGCCGCGGCGGAGGGGGAGAAUGUGUCCGACCCCGACCAGCUGCGCGUCGUUACCAACAGGCUUCCACCUAUCGCCUUUGAGAUCCCCCGGGUGACCAAGGAGCUUGCCCAUCAGUUGGACCCGGCCAAUUUCGAUGAGGAGGACGACUUCCGGUAG